UUAUAAAAGAAACAUAAAAAAAGGGUCAAAAUCCAAGCCUUUCUUCUUAUCUUAUCCCCCAUCAAUUAUCUUUCCUUUUAGCCAAAAAUGAAGAGGGAAGGCCGUCAGCAUGGUAUGGUUAGGACCUACCGGAUCCUCCCCUCUCCAUGGAACCCCAACCCUGAAUCUCGUUUUGUUCAACAAUUCGAUUCGCCCCCAACCGCCGGAUUAUUCACCAAGGUGCCGCUGAAGCCGACUAAUCAUUCCAAGUUUACGGGACGAUGCGGUAGACCACGGUGCUUAGGGUGUCACAUGCAUCCUGCUUGUAAGUCCAAAGAUAAGAGUAAGGGCAGUCAUAAGUUGAGGUCAAGGGAGAUGGUCACUAGCUAUAGAUUGAUCACUUGGAGAGUUGUUGAUGGGAGGCAUGGUUUGAAAGAUUCUGAGUUUUCAGCUUCAAGGAUUUUGGACCAUUUGUCUAAUCACUAUGAUGAUGAUGCUGAUGAUGAUGAAUGUGUAGUUGAUGAUGGGUUCAAGGUGAAUUCUCAAGAACCCUUGGGAGAAAUGGAACACUGUAAAGGUGAGGCUGAAGAAAAUAUUAUUGUUGACCAUAAUAAGGAUGAUGAUGAUGAUGUGAAGAAUGAUGGUGUUCAUGUUGAUGAUGAUGAUGUGAGAUUUGUUUUGGAUCAAGAUUUGGAAGAAGGAGGUUGGUGUUUAGUUGGGGAUGAUUGAUGAUCAAUUUCUAUUUCUUUUAUUAAUUAUGUUUGGGUUUGAAUGUUUGUAAAUUUGGUUGAAUUUGGAUUGUGGGUUGGGUGAUAAUUUAAUACUAAAUGUGUGUUACUUCUCAAA